GGGCGUGGCAGGGCUCACUCGCGGGCUGCGUGGGGCUCACCGAGCCCGGGAACGCAGGUUUCGGGGGGGUGGGAACGCGCAGCCCUGGGGCCGGGGCGGCUGCGUGCGGAGAUGGCGGCGCGAUGGAGCAGCGAGAACGUGGUGGUAGAGUUCCGCGACUCCCAGGCAACCGCAAUGUCUGUGGACUGUCUGGGGCAGCAUGCUGUGCUCUCCGGCCGCCGAUUCUUAUACAUCGUUAAUCUAGAUGCCCCUUUCGAAGGUCACCGAAAGAUCUCUCGCCAGAGCAAGUGGGACAUCGGAGCUGUGCAGUGGAAUCCUCAUGACAGCUUUGCGCACUAUUUUGCAGCUUCGAGUAACCAACGGGUUGACCUUUAUAAGUGGAAAGAUGGCAGCGGGGAAGUUGGCACUACCUUACAAGGCCACACUCGUGUAAUCAGUGACCUGGACUGGGCAGUGUUUGAGCCAGAUCUCUUGGUUACCAGCUCUGUGGACACUUACAUCUACAUUUGGGAUAUCAAAGACACAAGGAAGCCUACCGUUGCGCUCUCUGCUGUAGCGGGUGCCUCACAGGUCAAAUGGAAUAAAAAAAAUGCUAAUUGCCUCGCCACCAGUCAUGAUGGGGACGUGCGGAUAUGGGACAAGCGGAAACCCAGCACCGCAGUGGAGUACCUCGCAGCCCACCUCUCCAAAAUCCAUGGCCUGGACUGGCACCCAGACAUCGAGCACAUUCUUGCUACCUCCAGCCAAGACAAUUCUGUCAAGUUCUGGGACUACCGCCAGCCUCGGAAAUACCUCAGUAUUCUCCCUUGCCAGGUGCCCGUCUGGAAGGCCAGAUACACGCCUUUCAGCAAUGGACUGGUGACUGUGAUGGUUCCCCAGCUGCGGAGGGAAAAUAGUCUUCUCUUGUGGAACGUCUUUGACUUGAACACGCCAGUGCAUACCUUUGUGGGGCACGAUGAUGUGGUGCUGGAGUUCCAGUGGAGAAGACAGAAGGAGGGGUCCAAGGACUACCAACUGGUCACGUGGUCACGGGAUCAGACCUUGAGAAUGUGGCGGGUAGAUUCCCAGAUGCAGAGGCUUUGUGCAAAUGACAUAUUAGAUGGUGUUGAUGAGUUCAUUGAGAGCAUUUCUCUUCUGCCGGAACCAGAGAAGACCCUUCACACUCAAGAUACGGAUCACCAGCACAACUUGAGCCAUGGGGAGGAAGAAGUCUUAAAGGAAGACCCCCCAAGCAGUCUCCUGGAAGAGAAGAAGUCAGAUCAGCCGGGACUGCCUCAGACUCUGCAGCAGGAGUUCUCCCUGAUCAACGUGCAGAUCCGGAAUGUCAACGUGGAGAUGGAUGCGGCGGACAGGAGCUGCACGGUGUCUGUGCAUUGCAGCAGCCACCGCGUCAAGAUGCUGGUCAAGUUCCCCGCGCAGUAUCCCAACAACGCUGCCCCCUCGUUCCAGUUUAUCAACCCCACCACCAUCACGUCCACGAUGAAAGCCAAGCUGCUGAAGAUCCUGAAAGACACUUCCCUGCAAAAAGUGAAGCGCAACCAGAGUUGUUUGGAGCCCUGCCUGCGCCAGCUCGUCUCCUGCCUUGAGUCUUUUGUGAACCAAGAAGACAGCACUUCCAGCAACCCCUUUGCACUCCCAAACUCCGUCACUCCGCCCUUACCAACGUUUGCCCGGGUGACCACUGCCUAUGGGUCAUACCAAGAUGCCAACAUUCCCUUCCCUAGGACCUCGGGGGCCAGGUUCUGUGGAGCAGGCUAUCUGGUGUAUUUCACGCGGCCUAUGACGAUGCAUCGAGCAGUGUCUCCGACAGAACCUACUCCGAGAGGAGAUCUAAGGUAGCAAAUGGGAAUGUGGACUCCGGAGCCAAACCACCGGGUCCAAGUCUUGGCCCUGCUGUUCUGUGACCUUAGGCAAGUUAUGUAAACCAUCCUUGAGUUUCCUUACCAAUAAGUUGGGGAUGAUAGUGACACCUACAUACUUGGGUUGCUGGGAAGAAUCAAUGAGUUAAUCCCUGGGAAGCAUUUAGAAUACAGCCUGGCGUGUGGCUCUGUGUUUCCUAUUACUACUGUUUAAGUUUUCACUAUUUUACUCAAAUAUAAUUCACAUAGUAUACAGUUGACCCAUUUAAAGUAUAUAAUUCAGUGGCUUGUUGUGUAUUCACAGAUCAUGUGCAGCCAUCACUAGAGUCAGUUCUAGAACAUUUUUAAUUACCCUCAAAAGAAACUGCAUCCCCUAGGUGUCAACACUCCCAAGUCCCCCUUUCUUCCAGUACUGGGCAAACACUGAUGUACUUUCUGUCAAUCAUUUUGCCUAUUCUGGGCAUUUUAUAGUAAUAGAAUCAUAUAAUUAUGUGGUUCUUUGUGACUGGCUUCUUUCACUUAGUGUAAUGGUUUUUUUUAACUUUUAAAAAAUGUUUACUUAUUUUUCAGAUAGGGAGAGACAGAGUGUGAGCAGGGGAUGGCAGAGAGAGAGGGAGAUCCAGAACUCAAAGCAGGCUCUAGGCUCUGAGCUGUCAGCACAGAGCCCGACGAAGGGCUCAAACUCGCAAACCAUGAGAUCAUGACAUGAGCUAAUGUCAGAUGCUCAACUGACUGAGCCACCCAGGCGCCCCUUGCUUAGUGUAGUGUUUUCACGGCUCAUACAUAUUGUAGCAUGGUCAGUAGUUCUUUUUUUGUUUUUUUAAUUUUAUUCUAGAGAGAGAGAAACGUGUGAGCAGAGGAGAGGCACAGAGGGAGGGAGAGAGAGAGAGAGAGAGAGAGGAAGAGAGAGAGAGAAUCUUAAGCAGGCUUCCACACUCAGCUCAGAGCCCAACAGGGGGCUUAAUCUCACAAACCGUGAGAUCAUGCCCUGAGCCAAAAUCAAGAGUCAGAUACUCAACCGAUUGAGCCACCCAGGCGCCCCAGGACUUCGUUUUUAUUGCCAGAUAAUAUUCUGUCAUAUACAUAUGCCACAUUUUAUUUAUUUCUUUAUCAGUCUGUGGACAUUGGGGUUAUUUGCAUUUUUUGGCUAUUACAAAUAAUGCUGUUUUGUGCAUUCAUGUACAAGUUUUUGUGUGGACACAGCUUUUCAUUUUUCUCCAGUAUAUACCUAUGAGCAGAAUUGCUGGAUCCCAUCACAAAGGUUUUUUUUUUUUUCUUAAUUAAUAAGCUUCAUGUUUUAGAGCAGUUUUAAGUAUGUAGUAAAAUUGGGUGGAAGGUACAGAGGGUCCUCAUAUACACCCGUCCCCACACAUGCACAACCUCCCCCAUACCACUGGUUUUUUAAACUUAAAAAUUAUAAGGUGCGUACGAGGGACUUCUGCCCCUGCAGUGCGGUGUCUAGGAUAACAUGAAAGUCCUCCCAUUGCGAACACCUGGAUGUAUGGGAUGAAAUAUAAUUAGCAUACUUCCAGGAAAGAAAGAUUGAACCGAGUGCACGAGGAGGCACCACUGCUGUCCUGGGAGUCUGCCAAUCUCUGCAGUCACCUGAGCAGAUGAGACCUUGACUGCACAGGCCUGGGGAGUUAAGUGUCAGAGACCCCAUGUAUUACCUGGGUUCUGUUUUUGAAAGGUUGGACUAGAAAACAAGCACCUGCUCUCAAAGGGAAACAAGAAUAUGUGUAUCUGGGCUUCGGAUAAGAGGGAAGAAUGUUCCUAUUAGAACGGUUUGCACGCUAACAGUGUUUCAGUGAGGUCUGAUUUACAGUACACAGAUGUGAAGUGUAUACCUUGAUGACCAACACCCAGAUCAACAUAGAGAACAGGAGUUUUCUCUGUUUACACCCAGAGGAAACCAGUCUUCCGACUUCCAUCAUUGUAGUUGUGGUUUUGCCUGUGCUUGAGCUUCAUCUAAGUAGCACAUCAGGCAGCAUGUGCUGUUUUGUGUCUCACCUGUUUUGCUAACUUAAUGUUUUUUGUUUUUAAUUUUAUUUUUUAAAUUUACAUACAAAUUAGUUAGCGUAUAGUGGAACAUCCAAAUUAGUUGGCAUAUAGUGCAAUGGUGAUUUCAGGAGUAGAUUCCUUAAUGCCCCUUGCCCAUUCCCCCCUCCCACAACCCCUCCAGUAACCCUCUGUUUGUUCUCCAUAUUUAAGAGUCUCUUAUGUUUUUGAAAUUGAUCCACAGAGUUGCAUAUAUCGAUGGUUCCAUUGUAUGAAAAUAAUACAAUUUAUCAUUCUCUUCUUGAGGGAUAUUUGAAUUAUUUCUAGUUUGCGGCUAUCAUGAGUAGACCUACACACAGAAGUCUUUUUAUGGACGUGUAUAUUAACUUCUCUACCCAAGGGGCAGAAUCCCUGGGUCAUAGGUUAGGUGUAUGUUUGAUUUUUUUUUUUUUUUUUUUUUUUUUUUAGCAUUGCCAAAAAGUCUGUCCCCAGUGGUUGUGUCAUUUUACACUCUUACCGGCAAUGUUUCAGAAUUAUAGUUGCUCCACAUUCUUUCCAAAAUUUGAUAUUUUCAAUCUUUUCAACUUUAGUCAUUGUGAUGGGUAUGUGGUAUCUCAUUGUGGUGAUGACUGGUGAUGUUGGGCAGCUUUUGUGUGCUCAUUGAUCAUUUGGGUAUAUUCUUUUGUGAUGUGCCUGUUCAAGUAUUUUGCUCAUUUCUAUAGGACUAGGUUUCUUAUUAUUUAUUUGUGUCAGUUCUUUAUUCUGGUUCUAAAUCGUUUGCUGGAAGUCCAGAUAGAUUUUCUCUUAAUCCGUGGUUUGUCUUUCUCCGUAAUGAUUUUUGAUAAAUACAAGUUUUUAAUUUUGAUAAAAUCCAAUCUAUCACUUUAAAAAUUUUAUGUUUAGUGCUUUUGUGUUCUAGAAAAAAAAAAUCUUUGCCUAACCCAAGGUUACAAAAAUAUUCUUCUCUUUUAAAAGUUUAUAGUUUUAGAGUCCUUCUUUAAGGUCUGUAGUCAAUCUCAAAUUAAUUUUUUGUGUGUAUGAUGUGAGGUAGGGGUCAAAGUUUGCUUUUUUCAGUAGAGCUAUAUAGUUAUUGUUCCAGCACCAUUCAUGGAAAAAUUUUGACUUUACUCAUUGAAUUUGCAUUGAUUAAAAAAAAAAUUGCAUUGAUACCAUUGUUGAAAAUCAAUUGAAUAUGGUUGUGGGUCUAUUUCUAGAGUCUACUUUUUUCCUUUGCUCUAUUGGUUUCUCUUUAUGCCAACACUAUACUCUUAAUGUAGCUUUUAUAUUGUAAGUCUUCAAAUCUGCUAGUAAGUCCUCCAGUUUUAUUACUCUUACUCAGGAUCAUGUUGGCUAUUGGCUAGGUCUUUUGCAUUCCUGUAAAAACAUGACAUGGCUGAUUGGUUUCUACACAAAACUUCUCUUCAUAUUUUGAUUGGAAAUGUGUCAACUCUACAGAUCAGUUUGGAGAAAACUGACAUCUUGACAGUAAUAUGGAAACUUCUCAUCCACUAACAUGAUACUUCUCUGAUUUCUCAGCAAUAUUUUGUGUUUUCAACGCACAUUUUUAAAUUAAGUUCAUUUCUAGGUAUUUGAUGCUAUUGUAAAUGAAAAUUUUAAGAUAUUUCUAAAUGUUUGUUUCUAAUGUAUAAAAAUGCAGAUUUUUAUAGAUUGGCCUUGUAUCUAAAUUCACUUGUUCAUUCUCAUAGCUUGUAGAUUCCUUUGAUUUUCUAUGUAUACAGUCUUAGAAGUAUUCUCCGCUUUUGCAGACAAAAGUCGUGUUUUGUUCUUUUUGUUGAGUUUCCUUUUUUUCCCGUUUUACCCAUCUUUUCCUCUUGGUUUCAUCAUGUGCUUAAGAGCAACAGUAUUUGGAAAUAAGGAAAGACUGAAGCCAGUAUGGAUAAUUCUGUUUUCAA